CAAUAUACUACCACAAAGAACUCACGUCGUUUGUGUCGUCUUUGCCACUUUUGAAGUUACUUCUGCAAGAAGAACUCACAACCCCCACAUUUCUCACAGCGCCUGAAGUAUCCACUGUGUGCGCUCGGUGUGAUUGACACUUUCUCGGGUCGCUUUGUGCUGGAUAUCGAGUGGCUCACUGCUGCAAACUGCUGUUAAAAUAAGAGAAAGCCCGGUCCACAUUAACAGCUCAGCUUGCAGACCAAUGCAUGCUUGUGAAAAAGUGCCAAGCAGCCACGUAACGACAGAGCAUAUGUUAGCUUCGAGCUAGCGAGUGCUAGCUAGUUGAGCAGCGGUCAGUGCAUGGCUACGCAGAGACCAGUCUUGACUCUCUCCCACGCAGACUUUUGACAUGGGGAGUAAAAUGUCCUUCAGCAGAGGAAGCACUGACCAAAAUACAGUCUCUGAGUUAACUUCUGUGGCAUCGCAUCCGUGCAAUUCCAUUCAUGCCCCUUCGGACUGCAAGCAGAUACCUGAAGACAAGAGAUGCAGUGAGGAAGACCUGGACCCCAGGUGGGGAGAGGAAAUGAAAGCAGAAGCACUGACUCAACCUGGACCUGAGUCCCGCUCAUCGGAGCAUCUGCCGUGUGAUGGCCUUGUUAAAUCUGAAAUAGAAGGCGGAACGAAUUGUCAACACAGUGAGCACCCAUCGCCACAGGUAGAGAUGGAAGCAAAGUCUCAAUUGACAUCAGCGAGUGUGUGCAGCUCUACAACAGACAGCCAAGGACAGCCUGUGGAGGUCCGCAGAAAACGUGGGCGCCCUCGGAAAAUAAAACCGUUGCUGACUGAAGACAAAAAAGAUCCAGAUUCUGCUGGUCUUGAUGCAGUUCAGCAUAAGGAGAUCAGCACGACGAUACCUCUGCCAACAUGCUUAGGAAACCACAACAGUGAUGAUGUGCCUAACGCCGUAGACGGUCCCUUAAUCAAUAAUUCACCUCAUAAUGAGAUGGCUGGUCCUCAUACUGUCGCCGAUGGUAAAGUAGAAGACAGUGUCCCCGUGCUGCCAAAAAGAAGGAGAGGAAGACCAAGAAAAACAGAAAUCGCAGCUUUUAAAACUCUGGUUGCUAAGGCUGCUGCCGCCACUGCUGCUGCCGCUCCUGCUGCCGCUCCUGCUACUGCUAAUAAUGUAAGCGGUCCUGCACAGAGACUGAGGAGUAGAGGAGAACAGCACCCUUCAACACAGGAUGGAAAGGCUGAAUCUGAUAGCAAGGUAGACCCCAAGCAAACUGAAAUGACUACCACAGAAAGUAGUAAUAAAUUGAACUUUAAAGGUAAUAAAAGAAGAAGGGCUAAACAUGCUGAUCAGCAAGUUCCAGCUAAAGUGUCCAGACUGGAUGUUCCCCAGGAGGCCUCGCCAGCACUGAGCAAUUAUCCAGGCUAUGGUGAGAAAGCAGAGGCAGAAAAGCAGGUGGAACUUAGUACUGACAAACAAGAGACAGAAACAGAUGGAAAGGUCGAUCAACUCUCCCCGCUGUCUGGAGAAGGAGAAGCGCAGCAGACAUUCCUAAAGGAAGAUGUACUACAACACAAAAAACUGUCCCCCCAGCCAGCAGCUGAGCCUGAAGUUAUUCCAUCUGAGGGUUUGAACAGCCUAAGCUUGGUAAGCCCUUCUCAGAGUGAUGACCCUAAAUUAAAACAGUCAGCCGACAUGAAUGGCAGUGUGGCGUCACAAUCAAAAAGCAGUCUUGAAUCUCCAAAGAACACAAACUCGGAGAAUACAGAGCCCUCUAACGCAGAUGUCGUAACAUCCUCUGAACAACCACCGAAACCCAUUGGGGUACCCCCUGCUGUGAAAGCUGAGAACAUCGAGAUAGAUCUGGAUCAAUUAAAUCCUGUGUCAGAGGUAAACAGUCCUAAAUCUUAUACCACCACAGUCAAAUCUGAGGGUACAAACAGUUCGCGAAUCGCUUUCAGGCGCAAGAAAGGCGGCAAGAGAAGGAGGAGAAUAAGUACAGUUUUGUUACAGAGAGCACAUGUUGGCCAUGAAGGAAGCGACGACACGCAACAAAAAACAGACAGCGGUGAUGUGGAUAAGGAUGGCAACUCAAAUGCCGAUGCAAAUGUCACCUACACUAAAAGAGGGGGGAAAACUCUGUUGAAAUGUGGUUACUGUGGUCAGACAUUUAGAUUUCUGUCUCAGUUCGUCAUCCAUCAACGCAUUCAUACAGGAGAAAGACCUUUCAAAUGCACUGAAUGCGGCAAAGGUUUUAGCAAAAAUUCAAACUUAAAUCUUCAUCUCAAGACGCACAGAAAGAGCAACCUAUAUCAGAAAUGUCCAUUUUGCAAAAUCAAAUUCUCCUGCUCAGAGUAUGCCUCUCACAUGAAGAUGCAUGCAGAUGUGCUGGACCAGGACUCUGCGAGCAACAAGUCUGAAAAACACAGCAGAGGGAACAACAAUGGAAACAUCCCUGGGCUUCAUAGACCGGUUCCCCCAGAAAAAAGAGAAAGAAAGGUGUGCCAGUACUGUGGUAAGACAUUCCCGUUUCAGUCUGCCCUCAUAAGACACGUGCGUGUCCACACAGGAGAGAAGCCUUAUAAAUGCGAUAUAUGCGGCAAAGCUUUUGGUCAGGCCUAUUUCCUUCGUGUUCAUGAGCUGACGCACUGGUCUGUGAAGCGUUACAACUGCACACGUUGUGAGAAAUCAUUCACUCAUUAUAGCAAUGCAAAAAACCACACCUGUAGACCGUCGGGAAGUGGUGACGAUUUACAACCCAACAGACGCGUGAAGCCUUCGCUGACGUACACGUGCCACAUCUGCAAGAAUGUUUUUGACCACCUGCAGGAGUUCAACAGCCACAUGAAAGCCCACACCGGCGCGAAGCUUUAUCGCUGCUUGUAUUGUGACAAGCUGUUCGGUGUGCUGUCUGAAUUUAACUCCCAUCGCAGUCAGUGCAGAGGAGAGAAAAACGCCUCCAGCUCUGCCAUAAAAGAGGAAGGGACAAUGUCAUUAAUAAAUUACACAGUGCCUGCACUUAGGUGUUCAACAGGACACAAUUCAGCUCCUCUCGCAGCUGCAAAUUGUGAAACACCGAAAAAACAAUCACAGACCGGCCGUAAGAAACGCUCUGCUAAGAAACCGUUCCAGUCAACAGUCAUACCAGCUCACCACCUCUCGCACCUCGUGUCAAAGUUAAACAAACUAGAUAGCCGCACAGACCCCAGGAAAUAUUUAUGUCCGGGCUGUGGGCGACUGUUCAGACACAUGGGGAGACUCCGAGCUCACAUGCUCACUCAUGCCCCGGGUCAAAGUUACACCUGUGCUUGUUGCGGUAAGACUCUAGAAAACUGGAAGAAACUGUGGCAUCACCAGAGAAUCCAUCGACAGAGACGCGGCCGCUUCACGUGCGCUCAGUGCGGGCAAGGCUUUCGGUUUGUGGAGCUGUACAAGAAGCACAUGAGCGAGCACCCGGAGUUCCAGUGGAUUCAAGUCAGGCCCAAGAAAUCGUUUCUGCCUUAUCAAUGUGAGCAGUGCAGAUGCAGUUUUAAGACUCUAGAUUUGCUGUUCAGUCACCAGCUUUGCCAUUCCUCAACGCAAGACAUGCACAAGGACUCUGAUUUUGACUUAUCCGUAGAUGAUCACAAUACACAGUCUAACAAGAAAAUGUUUAGCCCUCCCACAAACAACCACAUGGCUAUGUUUCAUCCAGAACCUGAGGAAAACAAGUCUCCUCCGAGCCCUUUAUCCAAAUACCCAGACCCAGUUCGUCAAGAGUCGCCUCUAGUUCCCAUGACUUCCUAUGUCCAAAAUCAGGAACUUGAUUUAGAUAAAACUUCCCAGCGUCCAAGCAGCACACAUUUGAUCCAAGAUAGAGAGACCAGCGGUGACAGAAAAGAUGAAAAUACACUUGGAAAACCCAUUACCCCUCUGAGAACUGUGAAAAGACACGUGAGCCAAAAUGGCAGGAAAUCAAAUGAAGGGUCUACAGAUGGUGUGAAGUGUGCUGUGUGUGGUAAUGCGUAUCCUGCCAUUUCAGACCUUUAUCACCAUUAUUUACAGCAUGCCAGAGGCCAGGUGUAAUAACCUCACUGGACAUUCAGCGGCCCUUCUGUAUUUACAUCAACUAUUUUUUACAUUGUUUAACACAGGGCUCCUGUAGUCCUAGAUUAGAAAAUGUAGAAAUGUCGUCUGUUGGAAAGGUUAGGGGAACGGAAAUGCCUCUGAAAGGAUUUUUGAAGAUUUGUUCACUUUCAUGUGUUCAUGUACCUGUCAUGCCUGUCCGUUUUCAGAUUUUAAGAAUAUAACGCUGAAUGUACAAAAUAAUACGGGACGCUUUCUGUUUUCAUGAAGAAGCCACUAAUCUUUCUUUAGUUUCUAGAAUUAUAUUUGUGUCCAUCAGAAAGAACAGAUAGAACAUUUUAAAUUUGACACAUUUGGAUUGUGCCAAAGACGCCCCAAACAUGUUAUACAUUCAGUGCAUUGACGCCCAGCCAGAAGCAGCCCUGGCACAAUGUAAUCAGCUGUUCAGUGAGCAUUUGAAAACAGAAAAGGUGCUGAAUGUCUAUGAAAAAUAAGGGGUGGUUAAAAACUUUUAUACUCAGAAAUAAUGUUUGCCAUGUAACCUCCCAGCAUAUUUAUGUUCCCCGCACAUCCAGCACAAGACAAAAUCACUAAGUGAUCAGAGAAGGUGGAGGUCACACUGAAUUCAUUUACAAACUCCUUGUUGCUGUUUGGUUUGGCAGACCUGACAAAGAACGUCUGCGCAUACUUUUCAUUUUAUAACACAUUGUCAAUGAACAAUGAUCAAUUAAUUGAAUAGUAGCUGUAUAGUUUUACACAUUUCAAACAUUGUCACCUCAUCCUGACACAUAGAUUCACUGUGACCACUGUGAACUUUAAUAUCAAAUGUGUGCAUUUCAAAUCACGCAGGUCUUUUCUUGGCUUAUACAAGUGAAACUGUUACUCAAAAGUGUUGUGCUGAUUUCACUGAAAUCAAGCGAUGCUAAAUCUUUUUAGAAAAAUACACUGACAAACGCACAUUCCACACCUGAAAAACCAAGUGCAGCAGGAGUGUUGUUCAACAUCCAUUUGUGUUUACUGCUUUUGAAAAACUACAUUUUCAUGCUUCGGUGUCUCGCUUGAUUUUGUUGGAAUCAUGAAAAAAAAUAAACAUAAAUGGACACUUUGCUUUGCUGUAUUUGAUUUUAUGUUAUAGUUUGUCUUAAAACCAAUAAAAGUCCAUUUUGUAUUGA